AGCAAGUCACCAUCUUCUACAUCCCAUUGCGGAUCAUGACGUGGCUACAUCAGGACGUUAGAUUUCCUUUUGGGAAUUUGAGAGGCACCAAAAUUGAAAAGCAAACAAGAUCAUGUAAUGGAGUCAGACGGUAACUAAGCUUGCAUCUUUACAAACCAUAAAAACUUCUUUCAUGGAAGGAAGAUCAUAUCAUCCUGCUUUCUGAGUUUGUGGUCGAAGAUGAACGCCAAAACCCCUUUACUCUAAGUACUUCCCUGAGCAUUCAGAUCCACACUCCAUUGAGGACUGAAGCUAUAUCCUCCAAAUCUCUUCCUCGUUCUCUCUCUUUUCUGCCAGAAAAUGGCUGGUUUCAAGAAACCUACAGUUCCAAGCAAAUCUUCAUAUAAUUCCCUCUAUCUCAAUCCCCUAACUGAUCCCAAACACCACCAUAGCUGUAGCGAAGGAGACCUCACAGCAACUUUCUUUGACAACAAAGAGAAUAAUCCCAUCUUUGGAAGUGACAAGGAAAAUGCAAUGCCCAAAAACUCUAAUGCAAAUGGUCCCUUGAUGCCAAAGCAGUUGUCAAAUAUGAAAUCUUUGUCUACAGGCAGAGUCCUGAAGCCAACUUCGCUGCAGUUCUGUAUGCAGAUGAAUGAACCUGAAAGGGGUUUGAAGUGCAAAUUAUGGGAUUCAGUUGAAUCUGAGAAAUCAACUACUUCCUUAAAUAUUUGGGAUUAUUCUGAUUCUGAAGCUGCUCCUGCUUCUUCUUGGUCUACAUUGCCUAAUAGGGCAUUGUUAUGCAGGCCAUUGCCAUUGGACAUAGGGAGAUGCACUUGUGUUAUUUUGAAGGAAGCCUUACCAAAAGGGUUAAAUGGGGGUACAAUAUACUCCCUCUAUACCAAUGAAGGACAGGGACGACAGGAUCGGAAACUAGCUAUGGCUCACCAUAAGAGGCAUAAUGGGAAGUCAGUGUUUACCAUAGCUCAGAAUUUAAAGGGAGUUUUAUCUACUUCCGAUGAUAGUUUUGUUGGGAAUGUAACAGCUAACUUCAUGGGUUCCAAGUAUCACGUAUGGGAUCAGGGUGGUCGUCUCAAUUCGCCAUCUAAGCGCAAUCCUCUCCUGGCUGUUGUUACAUAUGAGCCUACCAUAGUCACUUGCACUGGGAGUUACAGAAGCAUGAGGGUGUACAUACCCAAGCACCAAUCUAUGCAGCUAAAGAACACAGCCCAGAUGCAACACAUUAAUGGUCUGCCCAAGGAUUGGGAGGAAAAAAUGGAUAAAGUACAAAAGUUACAUUCAAAGACUCCAAAGUACAAUAAUAUUUCAAGACAAUAUGAAUUAGACUACAGAGACAGGGGUAGAGCUGGUCUUAGUAUCCAAACAUCAGUGAAGAAUUUCCAGCUUAAAUUGGAGGAGCAUGGGAAGCAGACAAUUUUGCAGCUUGGAAAAGUGGGGAAGUCAAAGUUUGUGAUGGAUUUCAGAUACCCUUUAACAGGUUACCAAGCAUUUUGCAUAUGUUUGGCUUCAAUUGAUUCAAAACUUUGUUGCACAGUUUAAUUACGAGUUACCAUCAUCCUUUUCAGUUCAAACUCUGAACAAUCUUUUUUAGUUUCUAUUUUUGGUUCCUGCCAAUGCUUCUUAUUUCUCCAGAAGCACAACUAGACAAGAGUCAAUUUGCAAGGGCAGACAAAGAAGUUAUUAGUUCAUGAACAUUUGGUGAACUGGUUGAUAUUUGAGCCUUCAGAUUUCAAUAAUGCCAUUUGACCCCGUUUGGGAUUCAUUUAA